GUACCGCAGCUGCGUGUUCUACCAAGCAGUGCAAUACAAUGAUUGUUUUCUGCCGGUCAUUUGUUUUUGGAUCAUGUUUCUUACCCAUUUUUUGUUCCUGGGAGAUCCCCAGAUUAACGUUAAGACAAGAAAAUGACCAGCUUAUUUAUAGCAAAAAUAUAAGCCAUACAGUCUUCUUUCAUCAAAAUGGAACAGAUCGCCUGUAUGUGGGUGGAACAAACUAUGUACUAGAACUUAAGGAUGGUGUUGUAUUGAACAACUAUACUCUGACAACUAACAGAGGCGAUGCUUGCCAUGAGAGCUCUUGUGAAAAUGUGGUUACAGUUAUUGAAGAGUUCCAGAAUUCCAUUUUGGUUUGUGGAACGAAUGGAGAACAGCCAGCGUGUUGGAAUUUGCCUCACAUAGAAAACAAUCAAUCAAGGACAGUAGGGGAUAGUACAGAUGGCAGUGGCAUCUCUCCUUAUACAUACUCACAGAACUCUUUGUCUCUUGUUGUAGAUGGGGAGCUCUAUGCUGCAGCUCCACUUUACAAGGAUGGGUCUUCACUGCAGUUCCGUAGAAAAGCUGGUAAACAAAUCCAAGUGUGGAUGCAUGAUCCAUGGAUAAUAGAGCCAACCUUCAUCUCAGCCUUUGUAGCAAGAAGAUAUGAUGACCCCACAAAUGAAAAAAUAUAUGUUCUGUUUCGAGAGAAAAACUCGGACAGCAGCCCUGAGGCUGACCCUUGGAUCUCAAGAGUUGCAAGAAUAUGCAAGGUUGAUAAAGGUGGGCCCAAAAAUUAUUUGCAGCAUAUUUGGACUUCUUUUCUGAAGGCACGUCUAGUUUGUUCAAUCCCUGGGGAGCCAUUGUACUUUAACCGCCUACGGGAUGUUUUUGUACUGCAUUCAGAGAAUUGGAGGGACUCUGUUGUCUAUGCUCUGUUUUCAAGCAGCUGGAAUGCCACCGCUGUCUGCAUUUAUUCCUUAUCUGAUCUGGAUGACAUCUUUGAGAAAUCUAACUUUAAGGGCUACAAUGAAAACAUUCCCAAUCCAAGGCCUGGAACUUGUGUGAGUGAUAGUAGAUCUUUGCCAGGCCAAACAAUCCGAGUAAUUAAAGAGCAUCCAGAGAUGACUGACUGGAUUUACCCCAUACAGAAACGUGCUCCUUUCAUCAUCAGCAAUAACAAUUACACAAAAAUCGCAGUGGAUAGAGUCCAGGCUGCAGAUGAUAAAAUGUACAAUGUGGUGCUGCUUGCAACAGAUAAUGGUCUGAUCCUUAAGAUUUUGGAGCAUGAUUUCAAAGCUUUCAUCAUUUCUGAGACAAGUCUUUGCAAAGGCUCAGCUCCCAUUCAGUCUAUGAAACUGGACUCAAAUCAGAGGAAACUGUUCGUUGGAUACCCUGGACAAAUGUCUGUGUUAGACCUGGCAAGAUGUCAAGACUAUAAUGCCUCCUGUCAGGACUGUGUCCUUGCUCGAGAUCCAUACUGUGCUUGGACUGAAAAUGGUUGCACCUCACAAAUUGAAGGUGGGAUUCAAAAUCUUUCCACUGGUGAUCCAAAAAUAUGUGCUCCAAAUCCAGCUCCAAGAAGACUUAAGCGGCAAACACCUUCUGAAUCCCACUUACCAAUAAAACUUACUGUGCCUGAGAGUCUCCCCUUUUACCUUACCUGCCCCAUGGAGUCCCACCACGCCAUCUACAGCUGGAUACACAAUGGAAUAAGCCAACCCUGCCAGAAGUCCCAGUUCGACUGUUUAUAUCUUAUACCUGCUGUUAGCGGACAGGACUAUGGGGUAUUUAGCUGUGUCUCAGUCGAGCGAAACUAUGAAAAAGUGGUUAAGGUAUACAAUCUGCAGGAUUCUCCUAAGCAAAGGUCUCUAAGUAGUGCGCUCAAACUGAGAGCACAGAAAGAAUGUUUUUUGGCUGUAUUUGCUGUUUUUUUCACUGUGCGCUAACCCACCAAUGAAAGCAGUUCACCAGAUCAGGUCUAUGUGGAAUCCUGCUUAUUCUUCCUCUAGCUUUGUCAGUUUUCUAUGGAAAAUCAGCUUGCUUUGACCCUUAAACAUUCUAGUAGGCGGAUUGGCUUCUAACUUUCUGGAGUUACAUAAGUGCAUAAGGGAACUAUGAUGAAGGGUUUUUAAUAUGCUAUGCAAGGACCCUGGGUAGCAGGUAAAGGUGCCUGUGCAGAAGUGGAUCAGCCACAUGUACGAAUCCACUGAAGCACGGGAGAAAAAUAAGAGGUUGUAGGACUGCGCACACAUCGGAAAGGGGCGUGGAGCAGGCAAAAUAUUCCCUCCUUGAACGCAAUCGGGAUCCCCAGCAGCGUAAGAUUAAGAGAAAAAGGGAGAAAAUGUAUAUAUGGAUAUAUAAAUAAAAAACAAAUAAAUAGAAAAA